ACAGCAUUAGGUGAAAGCAGUAGUCAUAAAAAAGUUGUCUCUUCCCCACUCUCUUCCUCUACACAAAUCAAUUUAAUUUUGAUUCAUUAGCUUUUAAAUGAGAGACAACACAAAGGACAAAACCCUACCACAAUUUGGGAGAAUCAGUUAGGGGAAAUCCAAGGCAAAACCCCAAUUCGGCUUCCGCCAUGGCCACUUCGCCCCCGCCUCACCACCGCCAGCUUCGCGACGGCGGCGGCGGAGGCGGCGGCGGGACCAACCUCGCCUCCUGCCUCCUGGCGACGGCGUUCCUCUUCCUAGUCUCCGCCGCCGCCGCCGUGGCCCUCUUCGUCCUCUUCCGCCCCCGCGAACCCGAGAUCCAGGUCUCCGCCAUCCAAUUCCCCGGCUUCGCCGUCGCCAACGGCACCCUACGCUUCACGUUCAACCAGUACGCCUCCGUCCGCAACCCCAACCGCGCCGCCUUCUCCCACUACGACAGCACUCUCCAGCUCGCCUACGCCGGCAUGCAGGUGGGGUUCGCGUUCAUUCCCGCGGGGCAGAUCGCCGGCGGCCGCACGCAGCACGUCGCCGCCUCUUUCGCCGUCGACGCCCUCCCGCUGCCCUCCGCCACGCCGCCGCCGCCUCCCCCUCCCGGGGCCGUCACCGCGAUCGAGGUCGACUCCAGGAUGCGGGUGAAGGGCCGAGUCCGCGUGCUGCGCUUCUUCACGCACCACGUCCAGGCCACCGCCGGAUGCCGCGUCGCCGUCUCCGCCGCCGACGGAUCCGUGCUGGGAGUCCGCUGCUGAUCCAUCUCGGCGGAGAUCGAGAUCUGCUGAAACCCCAACUAAAAAAUAAAAGAAGAAAAAAAAAGGGACGAUCAACUCAGUCCAUGAGCAGGAAAACUCGAUGGAUUUCGAUAGCUUUUGUUUGCUAAACCCUUUUGUUGCGUGUCAUUGUAACCUAAUCAGACUUAAAAUUAUUCUCUUGAUUUAGUUUCUUUUUAUUUAAUCAAUUAUUUUCUACCA